GAUAAGACCCCGUGUACCUCGCCACUGGCUGAUACGGCUCACUGCUCUGUUUGUAAUUGUGCCAGCGGCCGGUGGAUCAUCUGCUCUCCCGACCCCGGCGCUGUCAAAAGCCAACAACGCAAUGACAACCGGACCGGGGCCUGAUCCAACCAUACAUACUAGCCGUACAAGACCGUGAUGAGCUCCCACUGGUGGUACAUUUACCUCAUAGCACUCAGCCUGCUGGCCUGGCUGGUCGAUGGGCGACGGGAGGCCAAGUUCAACUGCACGCUGACCGCCAACUACUACGACUGCCUGUUCCGGGACGUGAUCAUACGCAGCGAGGCGGACGCGGACAGCAUCUUCUUCGGCGUGCAGAACUUCAACGACACCAGCAUCGCGUUCCGCGACUCCUCCAUGGUGGUGCUGCCGAAGAAGAUCUUCGAAACGUUCCCGGCGAUCCAGUACCUGUCGAGCGACGCGUGCCACAUCCAGAAGCUGCUCGGCGGCACGUUCGCGAACGCGCAGCGCCUGCAGGAGCUGCACCUGUACGACAACCGGCUUACGCGGCUGAACAACUUCGUGUUCAACGGUGCGCUGCAGCUCGAGAUACUGUCGCUGUACAACAACACGAUCAAGCAGCUGGAGGAGCACGCGUUCGAUGGGCUGGGCCAUCUGCGCCUGCUCUACAUGGACGAGAACCAGCUGGAGAAGCUGCCGGAGGGUUUGUUUUCCGGGCUGGAGGAGCUGCAGAUACUGGAGCUGCAGCACAACCGCAUCAAGGAGAUCAACGACGACCAGUUCGUGCUGUGCCCGAUGCUGCGCGAGCUCAACCUGAGCGCGAACAUGAUCAGCACGUUCAACAUGUCGCAGCUGCAGUCGCUGAACAAGCUGGAAACGCUCGACAUUGCGCGGAACUAUCUGGACGAGGUGUUCGUCACCAAGUACCUCCGGACGCUGAACGCGCAGGAAAACCAGAUCAGCCGGAUCGUGAUGGACCAGGGCGACUUCUUUCAGCUGACGCACCUCAACCUCUCCCGCAACAACAUCGCGAACAUUAACAACAUCUUCAAGUUCCGCAACCUGAUCGAGCUGGACGUGUCGUACAACGAGCUGGUAACGCUGGACUUUGUCAUCUUCGCCUUCAUGAAGAACCUGAAGGACAUCAAGCUGAACAACAACCGGCUGUGGAUACUGGACAACGGUAUUCCGUCGCCGGCGAAAUCGCUGCGCAGCCUGAACCUCGCCCACAACAAGUUCCUCUACCUGGAUCUGGCCGUGCUGGACACGUUCCCGGCGCUCGAGUACAUCUACCUGCACGGCAACGAUCUGAUCGACAUGCAGAUGGAGGAGAUUGAGCAAAACUUUCCCUACCUCACGCUCGUCUCGUGCGACAACAACGACUGGGACUGCAUCAACCUGAUGCACAUCGUGACGCUGCUCGAGCGGGCGUACGUCAAGUGGUCGAACGGCAAUCGGAACUGCACCCGGCCGGAGCAGCACCGGUACAUCUGCUGCACCUCGGCCGAGCACCAUCUGCGCGAGAAGAUUGUGCGGCUGACGCGCGAAAUCUACAAAUCGCGCAAGAUGAUCAAGCAGCUGAUCAUGGAGAAUGCGGAGCUGCGUAGCGAGGUCGAGAUGCAGUAUCUGCCGAGCGACGGCGCUUAGCGUGCUUCGGUUUGGAUGCGUGAGGGGGAUAAGCGAUUAACGCAGGAAGGGAAAAUGGGGUUAAUAGGGGAAGCGAUAGAUUACAAUGUAGCUGUAGCUGUGUUUUUUUGUACUUUAGUAGUGGAUCGUGUAUUUUCUGUGGAAAUGAAAUAAAUCAAACGAUU